GGUGGCAGCGCCGUUCAGCGCUCCAAGUCCUUCAGCCUCCGGGCCCAGGUGAAGGAGACCUGCGCCGCCUGCCAGAAGACCGUGUACCCCAUGGAGCGGCUGGUAGCGGACAAGCUUAUCUUCCACAAUUCGUGCUUCUGUUGCAAGCACUGCCACACCAAGCUCAGCCUGGGCAGCUACGCCGCGCUGCACGGCGAGUUCUGCUGCAAACCCCACUUCCAGCAGCUGUUUAAGAGCAAAGGCAACUACGACGAGGGCUUUGGCCGCAAGCAACACAAGGAGCUCUGGGCCCACAAGGAGCUGGACCCUGGCGCCAAGACAGCCUGAGCACUCCCCGACCUGCCACUAGCGCCCUCAAGGGCCUGGGGAAGAGUGGGCAGGCGAUCGGAGCUGGGCCUGGGUGGGGGCAGGGUGGGAGGGCAAAGGGUGAGGAGUUACAGGGAAGGGCUCUACUCCAGGGUUGCCGUAUUCCCCCUCAGUGAGUAGGGGUUGGGGACCCAGGCUGGGGGUCUGCUCCCCACUUCUUUCAGCUCACACACACCCCCUCCUUACCCAGGGCCCCCCCAGGAGGCCACCAACCCCAGCUUCCCUAUCUAGGUGCCUUUUCUCCAGCAAGGAGUCCGCAUGCCCCCUCAGGGUCCUAAGCUCCCUCACUGCCACCCGGCCCUCAGGUAUUCCCAUCUACCUCUCUGCCCAUAGCCUGGUCCUGAACCACAGAGACCACAAGAACAUGGAGCGUGCCACCCACUGGGCCUCACACGCAGCCCACCAUGGCCAAGAGGGGAGAGGGGUGGGGAAGUGGAGCAGCCCUGUACCACCCCCCAAGGCAGGACAUGGCCCAGUGGGGCCUGGGACCAUCUCACACCACUGGAAUCAAGAAGCGGAAGUCAAGUGCCCGCCAGGCUGGGAGCCAGAGACUGGCCGCGGGACUGGCUGAAGCUGUGACCCCUCUCUUCCCCCUCCUUUGUGAUCAACCCCAUUUUAAACAUGUUUCAAAAAGA